AUGAGACAACUAACAGAAGAAGAAACUAAGGUAGUAUUUGAAAAAUUAGCUGGUUAUAUCGGAAGAAAUAUUACAUAUCUAGUGGAUAACAAGGAAAAUCCACAUGUUUUCAGAUUACAAAAAGAUAGAGUUUACUAUGUUCCAGAACACGUUGCCAAAUUGGCUACAAGUAUAGCAAGACCAAAUUUAAUGUCAGUGGGGAUUUGUCUUGGGAAAUUUACCAAAACUGGGAAAUUUAGAUUACAUAUAACUUCGUUGACUGUAUUAGCUUCUCAUGCUAAAUAUAAAAUCUGGAUUAAGCCAAAUGGUGAAAUGCCAUUCUUAUAUGGUAAUCAUGUGUUGAAGGCUCAUGUAGGGAAAAUGUCCGAUGAUAUCCCAGAACAUGCUGGUGUAAUUAUAUUUGCCAUGAAUGAUACUCCUUUGGGAUUCGGUGUGAGCGCAAAGAGUACUUCCGAAUCGAGAAAUUUACCUCCAACUUCCAUCGUUGCAUUUAGACAAGCUGAUAUUGGUGAAUACUUGAGAGAUGAAGACACUUUAUUCACAUAG